AAUUACUUAGGUUUUUUAACAGCUUUAAAAAGGGGACCAGUUUUGGGAGAGAUCUCUAUCUUCUCCAAAUCAUUUGACAGAUUUAAAGAAUUAAGAAGGAAGGGAAGUCUAAUUCUCAAGCAAGAAAGAUUUUAAGAGAUCAUAAAGAUAUCAUCAAUAUGAAUUAUUUUAGAGGUGCUUCAGGAAAUGAGAGAUCUGCAGGUGGAUCAUCGUCAAGAAAAGGCAAAAAGAGUAACUCAGACAAACCAAAACAACCCCAGAGAGGCCUUGGUGUUGCUCAGUUAGAGAAGAUUAGACUCCAUAGCCAAUUGGGGUUUCAUCCACAGGAGGAUGUCAGAAUUCAAACAGCAUAUUCGCCACCCUCUUCUUUCUCAUAUACAUCAUCAUCGACAACAUAUAACACCUCACAAGGACAACAAAACAUCAUGAUGGCUAUGGGCGAACUAGAAAGAUCAAACACGAUAUAUGGUCAAGCACAGUUUAGUAGUGACCCGAGAUGGAAUGUAAACAAUGUUAUAUUUGAAGCUCAACAUUAUGGCCAACCAGGAAUUACUAGACACCUCUUUCAAGUUGAAGUAGAGGACUCGCUGAAGAUUAGGAAUGACUCAAUGGGCUCUAUCUCUCAGAAUUCUAAUUCAAAUGGCAGUCAAGAAUUGGAUUUGGAACUAAGACUUUCGCUGUAGUAAAGUGUAUACUCGUGAGGGUGCAAAUAUGUAACGAUUUUCAUCUUCUUGUUAAAUCAUAGAUUCAAAAAGAACCAAAACCAGUCGGAAAUUCCAAAGUUCUGGAUGCAACUAAUCAAGAUUGUUGAUUUUGUGUUUUUUGUUUUUUGGGUAGCCAAAUCGCUAUGCAUGACUGGUUUCAUAAUUUGAUUCAAAUAGUCACUGAGGG